GUGCAGACUGUCAGGCGUGCACAUGCAGCGCUCUUUUAAAGCCGCAGGAUUUGGAUUAGCCUGUGCGCGAGUGAAGGAGGGAGGGCGCCAAGGGCUGAUUUGGAUCUUUUACCGGAUCGAGAGGAGAAGGAGGGGAGGUGCGAGGCACGGAGAAUGGGCUAUUUUGGACCCGGGCACUGAGCCUGCUCUCUGCGCGGUGUAUUAGGCAGCCUUCGACGCAAGCAAAUCGCCUCCCCGCGGCCACCGUUAAGACGUCGAGGACGGCGACGACGACAGUUCCUUCCACCUCCUGUCAGGAAGAAAAACAAAACACAAAACAAGACAAACGCCAGUUGCCGCCAGCCUGCUCCACGCACAAGUGCUCCUCGCUGGACAUGAAAGUGCAGCAAGGGUGCAACUCGUCAGACAUGGGCAUCCCCGUCACCACCGAGGAAGAACUGCGCAGAAACAGCGUCAUCACGCCCGAGGAUGUGCUCGGUUUACAAAAAAUCACCAAGAACUACCUUUGUUCACCAGAGGAAAACGUCCACAUGAUCGACUUCACCAGGUUUAAGAUCCGUGAUAUGGAAACAGGAACAGUCCUGUUUGAGAUCACCAAACCCCCAGCACCAGCAGGAGGCAGAAAGCAAUGUGACCCCAACGCCGGGCGCUUUGUGCGCUACCAGUUCACACCCGCCUUCCUACAGCUGCGGCAGGUCGGAGCCACGGUGGAGUUCACAGUGGGCGACACGCCCAUCAACAACUUCCGCAUGAUCGAGAGACACUACUUCCGCGACCAGCUCCUCAAGAGCUUCGACUUUGAGUUUGGCUUCUGCAUGCCCAGCAGCAAGAACACAUGCGAGCACAUCUACGAGUUCCCCGCCCUGUCAGAGGACAUCAUGCGUGAGAUGAUCCUGCAUCCUUAUGAGACACAGUCUGACAGCUUCUACUUUGUGGACAACAAGCUGGUGAUGCACAACAAGGCAGACUAUUCCUACAGCGGGGGGCCAUAGAAUCGCCAUGUCCUCCCCCCUUCUUUAGACAUUGUCCACUCAGCCAUUUCCACUUCAGGACCCGAAAGAAAUAGAAGAACCCACGGACGUCUCCUUUCCGUUAGCUCCUUGGUUAGGAAUGUACACCGGUGAGCAUUACGGUAAUGCGUGUGCAGCCAGCACGGGCAUUGUGCGUACAGUACAUAUCAGUUCAUUAGAUGGACAUUGGUUCAUUUCCAUUGUGUGUUUUGAAAGCCAGUAAUAGAUAGAGAUCACAUACUGUAACAUUUUGUCUUUACGGGGUCGGCUAUUUAUAUGGUUUGUACUAAUGAUGGAUUCUAUUUCUGAUUGCGCAUGUGUCACAUGACUCAAUCCCAACAUGGCUCAGCUCAGAAUGGCAAAUGUGAUAUUUGUCAGUGUGUGCGUGUGUGUGCGUGUGUGUGUGAUUUUUGUUUGUUUUCAGGUUCAUAGCACUACUAUGUCAAGAGUAUUUUUCAAAGGAGUAGCCAUUAUGAAGUGUCAGACAGUAUACAUAGAAAUUUUGAUAUCCAGUACAUACACUGUAGUACAGAAACCUGCGUAUACAUUUUAAUUAUGAUAAUAAGUGUUGUAAGUAUUUUAUGUCCAAUUCUGAAAAGUGAAAUUACAGCGAUGCAAUAAAUAUGGGACUUUUUCCGAAA